CAUUUCCUUACCUUUGCAAUUACCUGACAACAUGGAUGACCUUGACAUGGACGAAGCCUUUGAUUUCAAGGCACUUAGUCUCGAUGAGCCAGAGGAGCGUCUGCAAAAGACAUUUGAGCAGUCAUUUCAUAUUACAGUCGAUCAGCAAGAGCCCAUUACCUCUGUUGAACCAACGACUGCGAAUAACAGCAAUGACGGCCAUACUACGGCCUUCACAGGAACAACACCAGACAAUGGACCCUGGGCAAGGUUACCUUCUCCAAGUGAAGUGAACCCUUUCCAGCCUGGAGUCACUGCUGAUAUGUUGGAUGCUAUGGCUUUGGAUCCCAAUCACGUCUUCAAAUCUGCCCAGACACCAUUUCCUUUCCCCUUUUCAGUUCCACCACCCAAUACCACUUCAGCAUCAGGAGCCACUAGUGGCACUGCUACUACGGGAACAGAAACGACAGGAGCAUCAACGACCGCUUCUAAUAAUAACACACAGCAGUCGAAUAACGCCACGUCUUCUUUUGGUUCAAGCUCAAUAUUGUUGAAGGGAGAGAAUGAAAAAAUGGGCGACACUGGUAUGAACUAUCAAGACGCGGAAGCAAGAACAAGAGAAAGAGCAAAAGCGGAAGAAGAGGAAGACAUCCCACAGUGGCUACGUACAGAUGAAGACCUUGAUUUGCGACCCUCAUGGAGGAAACAGCAACAGAUACUUUCGGAAGUAGCAUCGGGAUUGAAUUUCACUUCCAAGGAUUUUGAGAUUGGUUGGGGUACAGCUGGUGGGCACGAUUUAACGACCACGAUGGAUUCAAACGCGCUCUUUGGGUUUUCUUCUUACCCUACCUAUGAGACCUUACCUAUUUCUCAGACCAUCGCAGAUGAGAUGACCCGUAAAGCAUUGGCUGCGUAUGAAGCAGAAAGCAAAGGGGGAGAAGGAGAAGAAGGAGAAGGAGGAGAAUCAACGCCUCAUGUUAAAGACAUGGGUGGAUUCGCAAAGUAUGGAUCUACUACGAUGGAGAGCCAAUGGAUGAACCAUACAAAUAUUAAUAAAGCAGACACAGGAACCGAUGGAUCGCCAUCGCUUUUCUCGUCAUCAUCGUCGCAACAGCAGCAGCAGCAAAGGACAAACCCGCAACAAUGGCAAAAUUGGCGAUCUGUGCCUGACCAUACUGAAGAUCUGGAUUUAGAUCUAGAUCUGGACUUUGGGAGUUCCAGAAUCAAACCAACCCCAGGCUUCGCACCAGCCCAAUUCAAUCACAAUUGAGGAUUUACGAGUUGGUCGCUCAAAGGAUGAUAUGUAUAUUACAAGCCUUUUUAUUUCUUUCUUUGUUUCAUUUUUGUUUGUUUUCUUUCUUGCGUUAUGCGAUGAUUUCAAUUUCAAUUGCUCC